CCUGAGGAGCGCUGUGUGGCCGCUCUAGCUCGGUUCCGGGUUCGUUCCUCUCAGUGGUGGCGUCGGAGGGCUGGAGGCUGCUGUUCUGUCCGGUUUCCGCACCUGUCUCUAUGGUGUCAGAGGGACCAGACCUCGGAAGACUGUGGGUGUAGUGGCCAGAGCCUCACGGGGGAGGCGAGGGUGGCUGGUGUCAACAGGGGGCGAAGAGGGGACCGGAGCCAAGACCCCCGGCUGCCACCCGCCGCCCUCCCGCAGGUCUGCUUGGCUUUGCGGAGGGGCUGCAGCACUGCCUCUGUAAGGGAUGGGGUCAGAGAACAGCGCUCUGAAGAGCUGUGCGCUGAAGGAACCGCCGUUCACCUUACCCUCCGGACUUGCUGUUUACCCCGCGGUGCUGCAGGAUGGCAAAUGUGCUUCAGUUUUCGUGUAUAAGAGAGAAAACGAAGACAAGGUUAAUAAAGCUGCUAAGCACUUGAAGACGCUUCGUCACCCUUGCUUGCUAAGAUUUUUAUCUUGCACUGUGGAAGCAGAUGGCAUUCAUCUUGUCACUGAGCGUGUUCAGCCUCUGGAAGUGGCUUUGGAGGCGUUGUCUUCUGCGGAAGUCUGUGCUGGGAUCUAUGACAUCUUGCUGGCUCUUAUCUUCCUUCAUGACAGAGGCCACCUGACACACAACAAUGUCUGCUUGUCAUCUGUGUUUGUGAGCGAAGAUGGGCACUGGAAGCUGGGAGGAAUGGAGACAGUAUGUGCAGUUCCUCAGGCCACGCCAGAGUUUCUGAGGAGUAUUCAGUCAGUGAGAGACCCAGCGUGCAUCCCUCCUGAAGAGAUGUCUCCAGAAUUCACAACUCUGCCAGAGUCACAUGGACAUGCCCGGGAUGCCUAUUCAUUUGGGACAUUGGUGGAAAGUUUGCUCACAAUCUUAAGUGAACAGGUUUCAGCGGAUGUUCUCUCCAGCUUCCAACAGACCUUGCACUCAACUUUGCUGAAUCCCAUUCCAAAGUGUCGGCCAGCGCUCUGCACCCUCCUGUCCCAUGACUUCUUCAGGAAUGAUUUUCUAGAAGUUGUGAAUUUCUUGAAAAGUUUAACAUUGAAGAGUGAAGAGGAAAAAACUGAAUUCUUCAAAUUUCUGCUGGACAGGGUCCGCUGCUUGUCAGAGGAGUUAAUAGCUUCACGGCUGGUGCCUCUCCUGCUCAAUCAGUUGGUGUUUGCAGAGCCAGUAGCUGUGAAGAGUUUUCUUCCUCAUCUGCUUGGCCCCAAAAGAGACCAUGCACAGGGAGAGAACCCUUGCCUGCUCUCGCCAGCCCUGUUCCAGUCGCGGGUGAUCCCCGUGCUGCUCCAGCUGUUUGAGGUACACGAGGAGCACGUGCGGAUGGUGCUGCUGUCUCACCUCGAGGCCUAUGUGGAGCACUUCACUCAGGAGCAGCUGAGGAAAGUCAUCUUGCCACAGGUAUUACUGGGCCUGCGUGAUACCAGUGAUUCCAUUGUGGCAAUUACUCUUCACAGCCUAGCAGUGCUGGUCUCUCUGCUUGGACCAGAAGUGGUUGUAGGAGGAGAAAGAACCAAGAUCUUCAAACGCACUGCCCCAAGUUUUACUAAAACUGUUGACCUUUCUCCAGAAGGUGAUCAAUUUUCUCAGCCUAUUAAAUUUCCCAUGAAUGGAAUCUCAGAUGUGAAAAUUACCUCAGGAGACAGUGAACACUUCCCAUCAAGUUCUAAAAAGUCUGAGGACUGGCCUGACUGGAGUGAGCCUGAGGAGCCUGAAGACCAAGCUGUCAGCGUACAGAUCUGUCCUGCAGAGCCCCGGGAUGCUGCUGAGUCCCCACUGGCUAACGUGACUGGGGGGGAGACUCACGAGGACUCUGAGCUCAGCAGCUUAGAGAUGGAAGUAAACCCAGGAGGUGGAAUUACUGCUGCAAGAUCUGCUACCUCAGGGGAGCAAAAGGCCACUCCUCCUUUGCUCCCACUCCCUGACGACUCCAAGCCUUUGCAAUCAGGCCUACCCCACAAGACCAGUCUUGCACAAAGUGGGGAUGACCCAGACCAAACCAAGCCAGCAAAAGUGUUGUCACAGGAAAGACGCCUUAAGCUUCCCUCAGAACUUGGUUUAGGAGAGGAGUUUACCAUUCAAGUAAAAAGGAAGACAGUAAAGGAUCCUGAGUUGGAUUGGUUUGCAGAUAUGAUCCCAGAAAUUAAGCCUUCAGCUGCUAUACUUACUUUACCUGAACUGAGGACAGACAUGAUCGUUCCUAACAAGGACGAUGUCUCACCAAGGAUGCAGUUUUCCUCCAAAUUUGCUGCAGCAGAAAUUACUGAGGGAGAGUCUGAAGGCUGGGGAGAAGCAGGGGAGCUGAACUGGGAAGAUAAUAACUGGUGACAACCGGUGUGAGUUAAACUUUAGGAAAAAGGAUUCCUUAAAAAAAGAAUCAAACUAAUACCUCAGAAGCGGGCUCUGCAGACAUGAAAACCUAAAAGCGUCCUGUUUCUUCCGCACCAGGAGCUCUUUUGUCCAGUCUGUGCCAGCUGAAGUGUGAGCCUUCACGUGCUGGCUGCAAGCCCCGGCGCAGCGGAGGCUCCAGGGCUGGCCUCUGGGAGGAAUGGCCUGAGUGCGCUGGACUGAGGCCAGUUUCUCUGAAGAGCAAGGAGCUGUGGAAAGGCUGGAUUUACUGCUUUUUUCUAGGACAACUCAGAAGUAAAGAAAAUAAAUACAAAAAUUCAAGCUGAUUAGCUUAAUUUUGUGCCAUUUCCUUAACAGAAGAGUAAGCUCUAUUAUGAAAAACAGCCUACUGAAAAAGUUUUAGCUAUAAAGUAUAUAAAUGAUUUUAAAUGGAUAAAUUUUCCCUAGGCAGCUUAUUUAUUUCUUUACAGUUGUACUGUCUGAGUGAGCAGCCCUGUGGGCACCUGGGCAGUUAACGACUGUUCCACAUGUAUUACGUUGUACCAAAGUUCUUAAUGAGAAAUAUCCUCCACAAUCCUGUUCUCUAAAUGUCCAAUAAAGACUAUUUUCACUAGAUUCAACUUUA